UGGAUGCAUUCAUAUAUGAUGCAGCUGUCCUGAAUUACAUGGCUCGUAAGGACGAGGGCUGCAAAGUAAUGACCAUUGGCUCUGGCAAAGUGUUCGCUACAACAGGAUAUGGCAUUGCCUUACACAAAAACUCCCAAUGGAAGCGGCCACUAGACCUUGCCCUCCUGCAGCUAGUAGGAGAUGAUGAAAUUGACAUGCUUGAACGACUCUGGCUGUCUGGGAUCUGCCAUAAUGAUAAGAUUGAGGUGAUGAGUUCCAAGUUGGACAUAGACAACAUGGCGGGAGUGUUCUAUAUGCUUCUGGUUGCCAUGGGCCUAAGUCUGCUGGUGUUUGCAUGGGAACAUCUUGUCUAUUGGAAGCUACGCCACUGUUUGGGCCGCUCUGGAGGAAUGGAUUUCCUACUGGCUUUUAGUCGGGGCAUGUACAGCUGCUGCAAUUUUGAGGAUGAAACAGCUCCUGGAGGUUCCCAAAGCACACUUACUCAAUAUCAUCAUGUCUCCAUGGUUCCUCCUCCUCCACCGCCUCAUGUGAUCUCUACAGCUGUUGCCAAUCCCCCAAUCGCUAUGGCACAACAACAACAUCAACAGCAGCAGCAGCAGCAACAAAAGCAACACCACCAGCAGCCACCGGUAUACAAUGCUCUUCUUCCUGGCAACCCUCCUUCAGGUGGACAUUCUGGAAUGGCAUUAGGGCCAUUGAACAGUCCCAUUCUUGGAGCACCCAUGCCUUGCUCUACAUUCCUACCAAGGCAUGAUCGUCGUUUGGCUGUUGUGAAUCGGUGGACACAUCCAAAUGUGGGCCCUGAGAAGCCUGGUGGUGUGAACAGUGGGAAAACAGACUUAACACAAUUCCAAGGCAUGCCCCCUUACUGGGGUGCAGGAAUAAGAGGAGGAGAGGGGGGUCUGAAUGAGUACAAGAGAUACUAUGGGCCAAUUGAUCCAGAAGGCUUAGGGGUCUCUGCUGAACCUCAAAACAUAGGCACCCAAACUCCAAAAACUAAGCACCGGGGGACAAAAUCCUCUGGAAACCCACGGUUACCUACUAAAGGUCAAGCCUCUGGACACUUACCAAUUAACCCUGCUUUGCCACAUCCCUCUCCACCUCUGCAAUCUAUCUGGAGGAGAAGCAGCUUCUCAAAAAGGAAGGGUUCAGGGGGGCCACUCUAUGAAAACAUCCUUCCAUUCGGUAGGAGAGGUGGUGGCAGAUAUGGAAUGAGGGAUGGUGGUGGGAGAAGAGGACGUCGUCCUCCUCCUCUUCCUCUGCCUAUACCUAUGCCCCUCUCUUCUCCAACACAGACUCCACCCUCACCUUCUCCAUAUUUAUGCUACACAUCCACUUCCUCCAGCACCUCCAGCACUUCCAGUUCAUCCUCUUCUUCAGAGUCAGUCUCCCGAUCCAAUUCUCCCUCUUCUUCAUCAUCAUACACAUCAUCACAGAGCUUCAGAUAUCGGGCAGAUGCACGAGAUGCGUAUGAGGACUAUGACACAGAUGAGCUAACGGAGGAGUCAAGCUUGCUUUUGGGGAGGAGAAAAAGUCAUUCCCAGAUAUCUUUUCGAUCCUUGCCUAGCAGUCCUCCAGCACCACCUAUACCACCCCGUAAACCUUGCGGACAGAGGCCGCAGAUUAGAGACAGAGCAGGCAGCCAGAUUGCACAGCUUCAAGAGUGGUGGGCCGCUUGGGGAGAGAAAGAAAAGUGUAGAAGAGCAACUGGAGAUAGAGAUGUUAAGCAGGAGAAACGACAUCAUAAAGAAAUUGAAAGAGAGAGAAAGAGGAGGAAGAAGGGUAGAAAGAAAAAGAAGAGAGAAGAGCGUGAAAAAGAAAGGGAGCGUAAAAGGCGUAAGGUGAAAAAGAAAAAGAAAAAAGAUGAAAAAUCAAGAAGAAGGGAGAGGGAAAAACGAUCUGAACAAGAGGAAGUAGAUAUGGACAGGAAAGAUGUCUUUGAAAAAGGAAUAGCACAGGAAUACUCUUCUUAUCCUGCACUGAGGCGAAGCUCUUUCCGAAAAAAGAGUGAAAGCUCUACAAGGAGUUAUGAGAGGGAUAUUAUCAGAGAUGGAGUAAAGAGAGAUAGGGAUGAUCAAGGUGGAGAAGAUGAAGAAGGCAGUAGAGGAAUGGAAAGGCUUCAGAGAAGCCCAAAAUCACAACGCCACUCCAGGCCAAGGUCCAACAACAAGAAUUUUUCUUGCUCAAACAAAACUUCUUCAACCGUUAAAUUUUGGAGUAGCAGAAACCCAACUUCCGAUUCACCAUCAUCAUUUGUACCCUUGCUUCCCAUAUAUAAAAGACGAAAGUCUGUAGGAGCUGAGAGAAAUGAGCAAGAAAGAGGUGGAGAAAAUCACCCACUUUUGGGAAAAAACAAGAGAGUUAAGCCUUGCUCGAGAGAAGGCCUGUCAUUUCAUGAAUGGGAUUCCAAGGAAGAAGAAGAAAAUGAGGAGUCUGAAGUGGAAAGACAUAGGCCAGAAGAACAGGGGCGACAACGAGAAAGCAGAGGAAUGGACUCUGAAUCCGAAAGGGAUAGAGAAAAAACUGUUGAGAUAUACACAGAUGAUGAAGGUUCCUCAGGAGAGUUUGGUAAGUUUGAGAGAUAUUGGGAAGGUCAUGAAGGAAGGGCAGUUGGAGGAAUUGGAGGAGGGGGAUGGUUCUUUGGCACCUACCCUGCCAGAGAAAGAGGAGGCAGCAUAAACAGUAGAGAUGAUUCAUUUUUGGGGUGGGGUGGUGGAGAAAGUAGCUUGGGUUUCAGAGCAGGAACAGGGUGGGGAUCAGAAGGAUUAGGAUCAAAUCAGUUGCCUCCAACUCCAUUGACUCCCCCACCUCCUCGAAGAUACUGGUCUGUUGAUAAAUUACCAGUGAAGACCGAAAAGAAAUCUAAAAGCAGGUCUCAAGAGAAGAGUCGACUUCACACAUCCUGUUCCUGCCAGUCACCCAAUCACUUUGCCAGCACUCACUCUAAAUGGAAUCGGGUGACUUCUAGGAGUCAGGAGGAGCUACUCCCUCACUGCCAUAGUUUCAGCAGCAGUGUAAGACCCAAACGGCAAUCAUCCAAACCGGAACGGGCUCAGAGCCAGGCAAAAUCUGGAAGCCAAACCAACCUCAGUGCACAAAGACCACAACGCUCAGACUGGUCCCGACAACAGCAGUCCCCUCCUCAGAGUCUACCGCCAUCUUUACCCUCUCCAGUGGUCCCUGCACUCCCAGCCCCACCCUCUUCCUCUCACCAUAUACAUGUACCUCCACCUACCUCCUCUUCAUCAGUGUCCUCCCCUUCGGUUGUCUCAUCUACGCCUGGUGCCCCACAGCCCUCCUCUUUGUCCUCCUCUAGUGCUAAGCUCCAGUACCAGAAACUGCGAUCGGUUCCCCAACCUCAAAGGUAUCAAUCCCCACAUCUUCCCCUUAAAACCAAGAGCCUGUGCUCUCGUCGAGGCUCUGCCCACUUCUCCAGUGUGGAGAGUGAGGUCUGAGGAACAUAAUUAAAUUAGGAACAUCAGCAAGUAGCCCCUAGGGGCUAUCAAAUUACCUGCUCAUGCCACAAACUGUAAACUGUUUAUAGCAGUCGAGUUGGGUUGUUUCGCUGGCACCCAUCUCUUGCACAAAGCUCUAAUGCUCAGAGACAAACCUGGAUUGGGAUCUCACAUAAAUUGUAGCCCUUCCUCUUUACUUGUGUAAGAAUGGAAUACUGCCAUGCUGACAAAUCUUGUUGAUGUUAGCGAGGCUGUUUGUAUGGGAUUGGCUUUGCUUUUCUUACUUCUGGCGGGCUUUAAGGUGGAGUAUCAAUAAUGUGGGUAAAUGUUAUUUUUCUUGGAGUGUUUUGCUGUUCGAUGGCUCUGGAAUGAUUUUUCAAAGGGAGAUUCUGAAGUCAAAAUACAAAGCCUGAACAUCCCACACCCAUCUUUUUUCUCUCUUGCUCUUAAAGCUCUGAAUCAUGAUGUAAUAGUUGUGUAUAUUCAUUCAAAAUAUCUCAAGGGAAGCUCUCACAAUGGAAAGUAGCAAACCGUUUUUCUGUUCUCAGAGAAUUUUUCUUGACCUCCACCUUCCGCAAACUGACAUUUAGCAUUCUGUGUGUUGUUGUCAGUGUUUGUAUUCCUAGCAACAGGGUAAGUUAGCCAUGACUGAUCACAUAUUGGCUUACUGAAGCUGAAUGCCAAACUAAAGUCGAGCUGAUGUACAGUCCUAUUCCGUUGAAACCAUUUCACAGGUCCUCAUGUGUU